UUUUUUUGGACAACAACUUGUUGAAUUCAUCGAAUUUAAUCCGUUAAUUACCAUCAAAUGACACUUGUUAUUGCAGUGAGGAUUGAAAAUAUUUCCUUAUAGUUGUCAUCAAAAGAAGUGGAACCUUGAAAACAUAAACAUAAAUAAUCAUUCGAAAAUGUUAAAAUCUCGAAGCCAAGAAGAAUUAACUUCGAGUAAAUCCUCCAAUACUUUUGAAUUUACCACUAAUUUGAGCUCUAUAAGUGUCCGAAAUGGUCGUAAUGGUGAUGAUGAUGAUUAUCCACAGCAGCCAUCAUCGACGACAACAAUAAGCGCAAGUCCUCCUCAAAGUCCAAAACCACAUCCAAAUUAUCAACAACAUGAAAUAUUGCAAUUAAAUGAGGAUUCUCAUACAUGGAAAUUGAAAGCAUCAAAACGACAACAAAACAUACAUCAAAGUAAUAAGAGUUUACAAUUUUGUUUCGGUAAAUUGCAAUCCUAUCUAAAAACCGAAAAUGCUUUUGAAUUUCGUUUCAAAAUUAUUGUUGCAUUUUUAUUUUUGAUCAUAUGUUGUGUGGUGAUGAUAACACGUUAUUUUCAUUAUAAUCUUCAGAUUAGUCGUGCCUUACAUGAUCAAAUAUUGAUAUUUAAAUCAAGCAAAACAAUAACAUUUCUAAAUGAUCGUGGCGAGAAUCUGGUCAAUCUUCAUUUUGGCCUUCAUAUACCGAACGAUAUCAAUCCAAUUAAUUGUCGCUCGAUUAGUCAAGAGGAUAAAAUAUGUUUUGAUUGGAAAUAUCGAGCUCAUUUAUCAGUGAAAGUUUCAAGGAAAAAAUUUACCAACAGUUUCGGACACAAUGAAACUAUUACCUGUUAUGAUCAUCUAUGGCGUGCCUAUCAGAAAUAUUCUGCAAUCAAAGACUGUUUCGAUAUGAACAAUGGACAUUGGUUUGGUAUGGGUGAUAUUUAUGAUCUUCAGAUACCAUUGAAUAAAAUGUCGGUUGAAGAACAACCAUUUAUAACUAGUCAUAAUCAUACGACAAUAUUGUCCGGUUCGAUCAUAGAUCGAACAUGGUUUUCAAGCCGAGGUGUAAUGAUAACCGUACCAUUAGACGUACCAUUAUUUGUUUCGGUCAAUUCAUCUGUAGAUCCAAAUCGUUUAUGUUUAAUAUCGAAGAAAAGUUCUCCGUAUUACAUGAACAAUCAGAAUAGCUAUUUUGCCCAUCUUCAUUAUUCAAUUUGCUUGGCUAAAAGUGUUACGACAUUGCAGAAUUAUUUAUUCGAAUAUAAUACUCAUCAACAACAAACGACAACAGAAGACGAAAAAAUGAUACAAUCUGUCACAACAAUCAACCAGGAACAGGAAGUUGAAAAUUUUUUUGUUGAUCGUAUAAUUUGGUCAACAAAUGUGAAUGUAUUGCCUAAUUUUACACAACAAAAUGUACAAUCGUAUGUUGAUCAGAUUACUAACUAUGGUUUUGGUGGUAUCAUAUUGUUGGAUUCACGAUGGGAAAAUUCAAUCGGUGAAUUACGAAUGAACGAAAAUGUAUUCAGCACACCGAAAGCAUUGAUCAAUAUUCUUCAUAACAAAGGAUUUAAAAUCAUGUUGACCAUAUCACCAAAUGUUGAUUUGAGAUCCGAACUGGUUGAAAAUGCCGAUAAAUAUAUAAUGUUAGAUUCAUAUCUCCAAACACCAUUGAUGACAAGAUGUUCAACUAAUCUACAGAAAUUUUGCGCUUUAAUCAACUUUACUGAUGUCGAGAAUCGUGAACAAUUUCGUAACAAAUUGAAUCAACAAUUGCUUAAUCAUUCGAUUGGUCUAUCGGUUGAUGGCCUUUACUUUCAAAGCAUUCAAUCAUCAUUGUUACCUCGAUAUAUGAAUUAUGAUCAAAAUAUCAAUCCUGAUCAAUUCGUUGAACAUUUAAACAAAGUGAUUAAAUCAUUGCACACAUCGGUUGGAAUUUCAACAUCAGUUGAUUCAAAAAAUUUUACCGGUUACGCUCAACUUUAUCCACGUGAUUCUUCAUGGAAAGGUUUACAAAGCAUUAUUCCUUCAGUUUUAUCAUUAGGAUUAACUGGUUAUCCGUUGGUCAAUACUGGUGUUGUUGGCGGAAAAGAUCUAUUCACCAAGAUUAAAAAUGAUACUGGUUAUAUUGACAAAGAACUAUAUCUUCGUUGGUUACAAUUGGUUAUAUUUACACCAGUCGUUGAGUUUGCUGAACCACCCGGUGGAAAUGAUUUAGAUGUGAUUAAAAUAGCAAAACGUUUGCUUAAAUUGCGAAGCGAACAUUUUAUACCAAAAAUGAAAUCUGCAUUGAUCGAAUAUCAACGUAAAGGUUCACCCAUUGUUCGACCAAUGUGGUGGAGUGAAAAAACCGAAAAUGAAGCAUUAACUAUCAAUGAUCAAUUUAUGAUCGGUAAUGAUAUCGUUGUUGCACCAAUCAUUGAAGAAGGUAAAACCGAGCGAGACAUUUAUCUACCACAUGGUUGGUGGAAAGAUGAAAUACUUGCACAGGUAAUACGUGGCGGAAAAUGGAUGCGUAAAUAUCAGGUACCAUUGGACAAGGUGGCAUUUUUUAUUCGCAAUGAACCCACAUCAUCAUCAUCAUCAUCUUCUUCGUCAGCUUCGGCUUCAUCAAUACCAUUAGUAUUAGUCUUGGUUUUUUUCACUGCAGAAUUAUUUCCAAGCAAUUUUCGUUUACCCAUUUCGACUACUUCUUCUUCUUCAUCUUCAUCUUCUUCGUCAUCAAAUUCAUCAUCGUCAUCAAAAUCCAUAAUAUAACCAGUCAAAUGGACAGUUCCUUCACCAUUCAAAAAGAAUGUCA